AUGUCCGAACUGACUUUCUGGCCGCCGAGGCUGAAAGCAAAUAUCGCCAAACUUGAUUUCAUUCAAAUAUGUAUCGUCUUCCUUUUGGGGCUAACUGCCCUAUCGACUCUGUUCAAUCUCUACUUUCACCCUCUCCGAAAAUUCCCAGGUCCAUUUUUCGCACGUUCCUCGAACCUUUGGGGCCGGUACCAAAACAUGCAUGGACAAAAGUCGCAUAGCAUUCAUGCGUCUCACCGUGUAUAUGGCCCCGUGGUGCGCAUUGCACCCAAUACAUUAUCUUUCUCAAGACCAGCUGCCGUGCGUGACAUAUAUACAUCCAAGAACAAGUUUGUUAAAGAGGAGAGCUUCUAUCGCGCGAAAAGAAUAUUCCGUGAGAACCAUCUACUCAGCUUCCGUGAUCCCGAGGCACACCAUCAACGACGGAAACUGUUGUCUCGUGGAUUUUCUCAGGCCGCACUUGUUGAGUUUGAACCAAAUAUCAUCUCGAAAAUCAACACACUGCUUGACCAGUGGUCUACCCUCACAUUGGAAAAUUCAGUAGUCGACGUGUAUCCCUGGGUUCAUAUGCUAGGAUUCGAUACCAUAUAUAAUUUGAUGUUUGAUGUCGACCCUGGAACAUUGAAAUCUGGCAAAGAACACACUAUUAUGCCUUGGCUUCGGUCGUGGCGUCCGACCUACAUCUACGAGCAUAUUUCCGUGAUGUACAGAAGUGGAAAGAGGGCCACUGGGACCAAGACACCAUUUUUGAGCAAGGUACUCCACGAUAAUGAUGGGUUCCUCGGUCGUCCUCUUACUGCAUCAGAACUCGCAGAGGAAUGCAUGGGAGGAAUGUUUGGUGGAAGUGGUACAACUGCGACGACUUUUGUCUACCUUCUAUGGGCUGUUCUGCAACGGCCGGAUGUUGUGCAGAAGUUGCAAAGUGAACUUGAUGCUGCAUUUCCUGACGACCAACCCCCUGACUCCGUGAAAUGCGGCAAAUUACCCUAUCUACAAGCUGUUUUGAAUGAGACACUACGUGUUUAUCCUGCUACCAUUGCUGUGUUGCCGCGGACUGCGACCGUGGACACCAUCGUUGAUGGCAUUCCCAUUCCCCAAGGGACAAAUGUUGCCACUCAGAAUUUGACAAUUCAUCGCGAUCCACAAACUUUUGAGAAUCCCGAUUCCUUCAUUCCGGAGAGAUGGAUUGAAGCCUGGCUGAAAUGGAACUUCGGCUCCUAA